AUGUCUCCCCCUCUGACUUGCUCGCUCGACGCUCUCGGCAGAACGGGCGUUAUCCGCAGGAACGCGGUUUUCCUGACCACCAUCUUCACCAGUGCCUUUGCCUUCGAGAUUGCCUUCGACUCCGCCUCCAACUCGAUCUGGGACACCAUUAACCGCGGCCGGCAAUGGAAGGACAUCAAGCCCCGAUACAUGGUUAAGGAUGAGGAGGAGGAUGACGACUAAAGGACUGAACAGUGAUUGAUGGAUGAGUCCGUUCUGGAGGGAAAGCACCUCAUGUUGUUAUAAUACUUACCGGCAAGACCGGGGCUGGGGAUGGGGACUACGGAGAGUGUGAAUGUAUGAAAUAGAUUUUUUGCCCAAACUCUGUAACCACAAUGGAAUCCACCAGGCUCCAUUUCUCUC